AUGCUGACAGCUGCUGGGCCCCGCGCGCACAUCCUGUCCCUCUCCUGUCUGAAUGGAUCCUGCAGAGCGUCGGCAAAGCCUGACUCUCCAAAUCGUGCAUGGAACCGGCGCCGGACACUGCCGGUGGUGUUGGCACCCGCAUUGGUGAGGACAGCACGUGUGUCACGACGAGCCAUCCAGGGAGAUGCCGCCAAUCGGGCGCGCCGCCUGCAGGGCGCAGACUUAAAAGCGGAGUUGCAGCGCCGCAGGGGCCUGGUGUCUCAGCUGCGUGCCUCGGCCCUCCAGGACGAUGCAGCCGAGGCGUUUGACGAUCUCGGUGUUGCACUGUUAGCCACGGGUGAGAAAGCGCAAGCUGUAGAGGCGGAGGCGGCUUUUCGACAGUCGCUGGAAAUUUGCCGACGCAGGGCCCUGGAUGCUGACUCGCUUUGGGCGGCCAACAAUCUGGCUGUGGCUCUCAAAGCGCAAGGUGAAUCGAGAUACGGCGAGGCGCUGGAGUUAUACCAGGAGAUCUUGCAGGCAAGGCUUCGGAAUGAUCCACGCGAAGAGGAUCCGAGCACCCUCACCAGCAUGAACAACCUGGGAGUGUUGCUGAAGAAGCAAGGCAAAGUCGUCGAAGCGGAGCAGUUCUACCGCCGGGCGCUUGCGAGGCGCCGGGCAGUGCUCGGCAACUUAGAUCCUGACACCUUGACGAGCAUCAACAACUUGGCAGUUCUUCUCUCCACUACAAAAACCCAAGAAGCUGAGGAGCUUUUUGCAGAGGCUUUGGCGGGCUGUCGUGCAGUGCUUGGUGCGACGGACAUGGAUACUUUAUUGAGUGCUGACAACCUCGCUGCUUUGUUGUAUCAGAAAGGCCGUCCCAGUGAAGCGGAGCCUCUCUUUCGUGAGGCUGCGCUGGGCUUCGCCACUCUCCUAGGCUCUCGAGAUCCUGAGACCUUGCGCAGCCAGGACAACUUGGCUGUGACGCUCUUGGAGUUGGGACGACUGGACGAGGCCGAGGUGCUGCUUCGGUCAACAGUGGAAGGUUUCAUAGCCAUCCGUGGGGCAGAUCACCCGGACACUGCAGUGGCACAGGAGAACCUUCGAGCUGUACUGGAGGCGAAAGAGGCGCGCAACCGCGAGGGCAUGAGUACUGUGUGA